CGAGCCCCCGAGCGGAGCCGAGACCCAGCGGCGCCUGAAUCCCGAUCAGACAAGAUGGCCGGCCUGCCCCGCAGGAUCAUCAAGGAAACCCAGCGUUUGCUGGCAGAACCAGUCCCUGGGAUAAAAGCAGAGCCAGAUGAAAGCAAUGCACGUUAUUUUCAUGUGGUCAUUGCAGGUCCGCAGGAUUCCCCCUUUGAGGGUGGGACAUUUAAACUUGAACUAUUCCUUCCAGAAGAAUAUCCCAUGGCAGCUCCUAAAGUCCGUUUCAUGACCAAAAUUUAUCACCCUAAUGUAGACAAGUUGGGAAGAAUAUGUUUAGAUAUUUUGAAAGAUAAAUGGUCCCCAGCUUUGCAGAUCCGUACAGUUCUGCUAUCAAUCCAGGCUUUGUUAAGCGCUCCCAAUCCAGAUGAUCCAUUAGCAAAUGAUGUAGCUGAGCAAUGGAAGACCAAUGAAGCCCAAGCCAUAGAAACAGCCAGAGCAUGGACUAGGCUAUAUGCCAUGAAUAAUAUUUAAAUUCGCUUUGAACAUCAAGUGUGCAUCACUUCUCCUGUUCUGCCAAGACCUCUUCCUUUUUUUUUUGUUUGCAUUUAAUGGACACAGUCUUAGAAACAUUACAGAAUAAAAGCCCAGACAUCCUUUGGUGAUUGAAUGCACAUUAGCAAAUCUGUGUCUUGUCCUAAUUCACUGUUGUAACGCAUGAGCAGAGGCUAGAAGUAUCAUCUGGAUUGUUGUGAAAUUGUUUAAAAGCAGUAACACAUCUCUGCUUUUAAUCAUUUCUCCCAUCAUGGUUUAAGUAUAAGCACUGUGAAUGAAGGUAGUCAGGGUUAGCUGCAGGUCUUUUCUUGUUUUUAAUUUUGUGGGCUCCUUCUCCCUUUUUACGGUGAUGCUAAUUGCAUUGGUUCAAGCAGCUAACCUGUUAUACUUUAGAAUAUACCCUCUAGCCAAGUCUAACUUAGACGCUGUAGAUGGACAAGCUUCAUUGUUUUGAACAAAAACGGGAACAUUAAAUGAACAUCCAUCACCUUCACUAAUAAUAUUGUGAUUCUGCUGUCAAGUGUUAGAAAACUCCCUUCAAAAGAAAAAAAAAAAAAGCUUGUGACCAUUUUGUAUGGCUUGUCUGGAAAAUCUCCUGUAAAUCUUAUGUUUUAGUAAAAUAUUUUUUGUUAUUCUA